AUGGAAAUACCAGAGACUAAAUAUAGCUGUAAUGUCAGAAUCGGAAAUUGGUAUGAAGAUCUUUGCCUGGAAGAGAUGAUGCAAAAAAUAAAAUUAGUAAAGGAAAAUUUUUGUAGAGAUGUAGAACUAUCAGCAUACUCUCCUAUAGUUAAUUUCGGAAUUCCAUUGCAAUUACUAGCAUCAACAAUGAAAACUUGUAAUAAUUCUAAAACGUUAGAUAAUAUUCAGCCAGCUUUAUCAAUUAAUAUUAAUCCAAAACUGAUUAAUAAACAGCAAAAUAUUGGUGAUAAAUGCGAGUUGACAGUAGCAUCAUCUCUUAAACCAUGUACGAGAAAUAGUUUCGUAAUUGAAAGUGCUGACAAUUACGACCGUAGUAAUAAACCUUUAUUAUAUAAUCAAGAUUUUAAGAUUCGAUGUUGUUUUGCCGAAGGACAACCUCUUUACGUUUAUAGUGUAUCAAAAUCGGUUAAUUUGGAUUUUUUGAUAAACAAUACUGUUGACACUUAUAAUUACCGUGGUGAAAGAAACUUACCGGUUGGAUUAAUUUUAGAUAAGAACACAGGUCCAGGUAAAUUAAUUCCAGACGGAUAUACAAAAUGGAAAUGUCUUCAUGUUGAUCCUAGUAAACGUUUAAGGACAGAAGGUACACCAGUUCCAAGUAAUACACCAGUAUUGAUUGUUCAUUCAGCAACAAAUCGAAGUUUAGCUGUCGAAAAUGUGAUCAUAUCAACAUUAUUUGGGGCGGAAUACGCGGUCUCUGUUCAAGUCGAUCAUAAUUUAAACCAUAGGCAAAGAGAUAACAAUAUUUGGAUUUUAGGAUAUGGCCAAAUAAAAGAAGAGUCUUAA